AUGGUCUCCUUUUCGUGCGAGAACUGUGGUGACGUUCUCACCAAGAAGAAGCUCGACCAGCAUCGCAGCCGGUGCCGGGGGGCUACCUUCACCUGCAUCGAUUGCAUGACGUAUUUCCCGGGCACGGAGUACAGGUCGCAUACGAGCUGCAUAACCGAGGAGCAGAAGUAUCAGGGCGCUUUGUACCGGCCGAAGAAGGGCAAGGGCCAGAACAACCAGAAUAACAGCAACCAGAACGGCCAGGGCAACCAAAACGGCCAGAACGCCCAGAACGCCCAGAACGGUCAGAACAAUCAGAACAAUCAGAACCAGUCUGCAUCGAACGGCCAAAUGGUCAAGCCCACGCCAGCAUACGCCGAGAGCGUCCCCGACGGGCAAUCAUGGCGCGAACCUAACCACCAGAGCGACGACGAGGACGAUGCUGUUGCCCCUCCCCCGCGUGUGCCAACGCCUCCUCCUUUCCAGCCCAAGACCAAUGGUACGACCAACGGGGUGAACGUGUUCGACUUCCUCGUCGCAAACCCCACGCCGACUGCGUCUCAUGUCUCCCUGCCCGGUACCGCCGCUGCCCCUCAGAAUGAUGAGAUGCAGCUUGUGCGCUACGACCCCGAGGCCAACGGUCAAGCUGAGCCAGAGCCCAUGCAGCAGGACGGACCGGCGCCGCAGUUCCAGACUCCCGCGCCGAAGAAGGAUAAGAAGGACAAGAAACGCAAGCGUCUGCACAUCGAGACCGACCAGGUCAUGACCGAUGCUCCGCCGGUGCUGCACUCCAACCUGACGGGUGGCAUGAAGGCGCUGAUGUCCGGCCCCGACGGCUAUCCACCCUCUCCCGACUCCUCUGGUGACGCCGAGACUCCGGCCAGCCCGCUCAAGAAGGCUAAGUCCAACAAACACCAUAAGUCGGGCCGUCAGUCGACCGACAGCUUUGGCGGUAGCCUGAUGGCAAUGAUCGCUGAGAGCAUGAAGCCCAAGUCCACGCCUACAAAGAAGAAAUCUUCCUCCAAGAAGAAAUCCAGCUCUUCCUCCAAGAAAAAGAAGAAGACCCCGACCAAAGCCCUCGAAGCGCCCAAGGGGCCGAAGCUGUUGGAGUACAAGAAAGAAACCAAAGGUGAGAAUGGCGCUAUUCCCAACAAAAGUAACGCCAUGGUUGUGUUCCGCCCGCGCGCCGAGCACUUUUUGUCCUUCGUCGACAAGGGCCCCGACAGCGUCCGCGGUUGCAGCGUGAACAAGGUUCUCAAGCGGUACCAUCGCGUGCGUGCGGCCGAGGGCUUGGAGGCGAAUGGGAAGAAUGCGAAGCAGUUGGAGGAGAAGGAGCUGUGGCGGUCAUUGCGGAUGAGGAGGAAUGAGAGGGGGGAGAUUGUGCUUUUUUCAAUAGACUCUUAG